ACAAAAAGAAUAUAUUUUUCGCCUGUUUUGAAAUUUUAUGCGUUUACAUACUCAUAAAAAAAUUGUGUAUACGAGUUCCUACAGACAUUAAUAAAUACGUUUUACGGCGCAUUCAUGGAAAAUCAUUCAACAGGUAGCAACAGUGUUUAGACGCUUUAUAUUAUCUCUUUUUUACUGCUUCACGGUUUGCAGAUGAACAAUUCUCUCCGAACAGCUUAUAAAGACAAUGCAUAAAUUAAAUKAAUGAGAGUGGGACAUUUCUAUUGCAAAUUUUAUUCAAUUUAAUUGUUAACAUGUUUACAUUUAAUAACAAAGGUAACAUUGCAUCUAAUAUUCGAAGCAUUCGAAAGAGCUCUUUGACAUCAAUGACACCGCAGUAGACCAUCAGUUCUAUUUAGUAUUCGGAUACUACAAAAGUUGAUAAAGUAAAAAUCGAACAAUGACGCGCGCAUUCAAUCAUAAAUUAUUCCUCAACUGUUGUAAUCUCAUAUUCCUGUUCUGUGGAGUGAUUCUUAUCGUUUCUGGUUUCCUCCUUUUUAACGAUUCAAAACGUAUUCUUCUAUCGCGUCUUCUGGUGACAACGAGCGAGAAACUGAACAGCUUACCACAACCUUUAUUCUAUUAUAUUUCCAUUGGCGUUCCUGUAGCGGGAUGUAUAGCAGUUCUCGUCUCCAUGGUUGGAUUUUGGGCGUCCGGCCUGCACACCUAUUGCUGCCUUAGUUUGUAUUUUUUAUCAGUGGUCGUUUUACUCCUAGCUCAAUUAUUAGUCUGUCUAGCGAUUACUUUGUGGCCACAUUGUUUGGGCAUCAGUUUGGAUGAAACGAAAAUGGUUAAAGUUCUACAGGGAAACUAUGGUAUACCUGGGAAAGAGCAAUUCACUAAUGCCAUUGAUUUGGUCCAGACUCAUUUCGGUUGCUGUGGCAUAAAUAACGAUAUUAACUAUGACACAUCCCUUUGGAAACUGCAGAGUUACGGUYAGCGAGAGUGGGUAGUACCUCUUACUUGUUGUAUUUUACAAAAUGUCGAUGAUAAGUUGUCUUAUUUGGAUCCGAAGCCCGAGAACAUAACUCAGUGUCAAAUGUUGCAGAAAAUGGACUAUGUAAAAAAUCGGCACAAUAUGCCUUGUCUCAAAUACAUAGAGAAUUGGUAUAAUGAACAGUAUACAUUGUUCUUACAAUUUAGUCUUAUCAUUGCUAUUGUGGAGUUUUGCAUAUUACUCUCGGUAAUUGUAAAUUGUACAAAAAUAGCAAAGAAAAGUUUAAAACAAGAAGCGUUUUCAAAAGGUACACAAGUAAAUAAAAAUCAAAAACUAUUUGAGAAUGUUUACGAACAGGAUUUAAAAUCAAAAGUUGAAAAUACAGCCAUCAGACUAAACAAGAAUUGCAGCUUGUCAAACUUAUUUAACAAAGUGUACAUAAAACCUCGUAACCUGCAUAAACUUCGCCAUACUACCAAUGAUAAUAAUACGAAUCUUGACAGCAUUCAAUAAGAAGUAACUGCUAUUUUAAUUGUUUCAGCUAUAACUUUAAAAAGUUAAUAUUAAAAUUUGUUAUACACGAGAAUGCUGCUCAGAGACUAUGAAAAAUGCACCUCAUUUAAAUUUUCUGAAAACCGAACAGAAGUAAAAAUGAUUCUGAAUGUCUAAUUGACAAUUCAUUGAAUUUUCCAAAGGUUUUGACGUUAAGAUUUGAUGUGAAAAGUGAUUACGUACUUAGAUUACUUCGGUUAUUCUUGUUUUAUUCGUGUUCGACGCCCAAUGUUCGGACCUUAGAGGUCAGAGGACUAGUGCGACGCGAAGGCGACGAUAAAAUCGCAUCAGAAAUUUGUAUUUAUGGA